AUGUUCCGCACUUCAUUGAUUGUACAUUUUCUUCAGAAGUAAAAAUUCACAUCUUUUCAUUGUUUGCGGUGUCGUAUAUGUGAAUAAAAAUGUCUCUUUUAGCAAGCCCCCUUUCUGUUGCUGGAACCAGAACUACUGGAACAUCAGUUCGUACACAAAAUGUUAUGGCUGCUGCAUCUAUUGCCAAUAUAGUCAAAAGUUCUUUGGGUCCAGUAGGAUUAGAUAAAAUGUUAGUGGAUGAUAUUGGAGAUGUGACAGUUACUAAUGAUGGUGCUACUAUAUUGAAAUUAUUAGAAGUUGAACAUCCUGCUGCUAAGGUUUUAGUAGAAUUAGCUCAACUUCAAGAUGAGGAAGUUGGUGAUGGAACAACAUCCGUCGUUAUUUUAGCUGCCGAACUCUUGAAGAGUGCUGAAGAAUUGGAUAAACAAAAGAUUCAUCCUACCUCAACAAUCAGUGGUUAUAGGUUGGCUUGUAAAGAAGCAUGUAAAUAUAUACAAGAGCAUUUGACAAUUCCUGUUGAAGAACUUGGCAAAGAAUCUAUUAUAAAUAUUGCAAAGACAUCUAUGAGUUCUAAAAUUAUUGGCGCUGAUGCUGACCUUUUUUCUAAUAUGGUUGUUGAAGCAGCACAUGCUAUUAAAAUAACAGAUGCUAAGGGUAAUGCGAUGUAUCCUAUCAAAGCCAUCAAUGUUCUUAAAGCUCAUGGAAAAAGUGCUAAAGAAAGUGUGUUGAUCAAGGGCUAUGCCUUAAACUGUACGGUAGCUAGUCAAGCUAUGCCCAAAAAAAUUACUAAUGCCAAGAUUGCUUGCUUGGAUUUCAGUCUACAGAAAACAAAAAUGAAAAUGGGGGUAGAGGUUCUCAUUAAUGAUCCUAGCCAGUUGGAAGGUGUAAGAGCUAGAGAAUUUGAUAUUACCAAAGAGCGUAUUCAAAAAAUUCUGUCAACUGGGGUUAAUGUCAUUUUAUGCUCCGGAGGUAUCGAUGACUUGUGUUUGAAGUAUUUUAUUGAACACAAUGCAAUGGGGGUCAGGAGAGUUAAAAAAGCAGAUCUCAGGAGGAUUGCCAAGGCAACUGGAGCCAGUUUCAUAACAUCGCUUACCAAUAUGGAUGGUGAAGAAGUGUUUGAUGCCAGUAUGAUGGGUGAAGCUGCGGAAGUAGUCCAAGAAAGAAUCUCUGACGAUGAAUUGAUACUCAUCAAAGGACCGAAAGCCAGAACUGCCGCUUCAAUCAUACUCCGUGGUCCAAAUGACUUCUACUGCGAUGAAAUGGAAAGAUCUGUGCAUGAUGCUCUUUGUGUAGUGAAAAGGGUGCUCGAAUCAAAGAGUGUUGUAACGGGUGGCGGUUCUGUUGAAGCUGCCUUGUCUAUCUACUUGGAGAACUUUGCAACAACUUUGAGUUCCAGGGAACAAUUAGCAAUUGCUGAAUUUGCUAGAAGUCUGUUAGUUAUACCAAAAACUUUGGCAGUAAACGCCGCUCAUGAUGCUACAGAUCUUGUUGCAAAAUUGAGAGCAUACCACAACUCGAGUCAAACCAAAACAGAACAUGCUCAUCUGAAAUAUGUUGGUUUAGAUUUGAUUGAGGGAACCAUCAGAGAUAAUAAGAAGGCUGGUGUUUUGGAACCCACAAUAUCUAAAGUGAAGUCAUUGAAAUUUGCAACAGAGGCAGCAAUAACCAUAUUGAGAAUCGAUGAUAUGAUCAAACUGGAUCCUGAAAGAAAGCCUGGUAAAGAUUACAGAAGUGCCAUGGAAAGUGGAGAAUUAUAUGAUUAAUCUAACUGCUUAUGCUUUUUUUUAUUUAAUUGCUUCAGUAUUCGCAUGAAUAUUUAAUAAAUAAUAGACUAAAACAUUUGUAUUAACAUCACUCGAUGUUUGACUAUUCAAGAAAUAAAUACUUUGGAAUAACAUGUCAA